ACAAGCUGCGCAAACCUCAACUGGCAUGCCCUUGUUACAUUAUCCAAUCACUUUUUACACAAAAUGUAAAAUUAGAAUCAUUAUCAUCGAAUGCUGUUGGUCUGAAUAUCGACAUGGCUGUGAUUACCUAAUCCUUUUCUUGAGCAAACACUACUAAUUUGUUGAUUGAACUGGUUGAGCAGAGAAACACAGAGAAUUCAUCCGCUCCAUUGAGAGAUGUCAGACUGAAGUGCUGGAGAUGAUGGAGGAGCAGCAGAAAGCAGCAGAGAAACAGGAGCAAGAGCUCAUUAAAGAUCUGGAGCAGGAGAUCACUGAGCUAAAGAUGAGAAACACUGAGCUGGAGCAGCUCUCACACACUGAAGAUCACCUCCACCUCCUACAGAUUUAUUCAUCCCUGUGCAGCUCCACAAACACCUGGAACUGGCCUGAGAUCAGUAUGAAGACUCAUAAGAAUCUGGAGAGACUGAGGAGAAAAUCUAAACAAGAAACUCAGUCACUCAGCAAUUGAGCUGAAGUGGAUGCAGCAGUAUGCAGCUCAUCCUGAACUCAUCCUGUCUGAUGAUGGAAAACAAGUGAGACAUGGAGACUAUAGACACGACCUCCCAGACAACCCAAAGAGAUUUAGUACAUGUGUGAAUGUCCUGGGAAAGGAAGGAUUCUCUUCAGGGAGAUUUUAUUUUGAGGUGCAGGUGAAGGGAAAGACUGACUGGGAUUUAGGAGUGGCCAGAGAAUCCAUUGACAGGAAGGGAAAGAUUCCACUGUGUCCUGUUAAUGGAUACUGGACUGUGGUUCUGAGGAAUAGGAAUGAAUAUAAAGCCUGUGCUUGUCCCUCUGUGUCUGAGAGGAAGCCGCAGCGGGUUGGUGUGUUUGUGGAUUAUGAGGAGGGUCUGGUCUCCUUUUAUGAUGCAGAGUCCAGCUCUCAUAUCUACUCUUACACCGGCCUGCCUUUCACUGACAAACUCUAUCCAUUUUUUAGCCCAUGUGUUAAUGAUAAAGGUAAAAACUCAAGCCCACUAAUCAUCACACCUGCCAAUUAAAAUAAAUGAAUUUACCUCAUUAUAAAAUCGAAACACUGGAUGAAAAUAAUGACUUUUAAGAUGAAAAUCUAAAACCAUUAAUAAUAUAUGUGCUGCUACUCAAAUCACAAAACAUAUUUUUUUAGUUAUGUAUUUGUGGCAUAAUUUUACUGUCAAAAUGUAAUGCUGUCAGGUUCAUGGUUUUGAUUUAGUUCUGUUCUGUCUCCCUGUCAUGAUUUGAACUGCUUUCUUGGUUUGUUCCCUCAUUCACCUGUUCUGUUAAUGAUCUCAUUAGUUUUCCUGGUUAUUUAAGCUCUGUGUUUCAUGAGUUCAUUGUGUCGUCUUGGUUGUGUUACUCCUGCGCUUGCUGGUGUUGGAUUAUUGUGUUAAAGGUCUGUUUGUUCAAGUUCCUAUCUUCGUGCGUUUUAUAUUACAACCAAAUAUGACAAAUGCUUUAAUGCUUUUAAUUAAUGUUUCUUUUUUUAAAAAUCCUUAUGGCUUUUUUAACACUCUACCUAACAAAGUGAAAUUUCCUGUAAAAUGUUUACAUCAAAAUAAACCAAACUAUGGUGAUCUUGAUAAAUUAUUUUAUUCAUCUAUAGUACAAAAUGUUCUGUAAUAUUAUGGUACAUCAGUAAAUGCCUUUAUAUUUAUAUCACAGAAUAUGAUUACCGUACUCUUAUAACAUGGUAUGUAUAUGGCACUUCAAGGUAUAAAUACUGCAUUGUUAUGAUCAUAGUAGUGUUAAAAAGUUAUAUUACCAUGGUAGCACGACACAUGUUAAAUUGAAUUAAUAAAUGAAUAUGAAUGGAUAAAUAUACAUGAAUAAAUUGGAAGUGAGUUGUAAGGAUAACACAAAUUGUUUCAUUAAAAUUCUCUUUUUUUUUUAAAGGCAUAGCUUCAAAUAAAAUGU